AUGAGUUGCCGUGUGUACAUCGGUGGUAUUCACCAAAAAACGCGCGAACGCGACGUGGAAAAAUUCUUUUAUCGUUAUGGGCGCCUUCGUGAAGUUUUAUUGAAGAACGGUUACGGAUUUGUGGAAUUUGAAGAUGAACGCGAUGCCGAGGACGCCUGUCAUGAUAUGGACGGGAAAGAAUUGCUUGGAGAAAGAUUGCGCGUUGAGAUGGCAAGAGGCGGUAAAUCACGUCGCGAUCGAGAUUUCAGAAGUUCUCGUCGUGCGGAACCGCGCCGAGGCCGUGAAAGUCGACGUCGGAGCGAAAAGUAAGCGCAGCUCCUCCUUCACUUCUUGACAAAAAGUGGAAUAACCUAACGGUUGUGGAAAAAAAAAGAACGCUGAGUGUGACAUUGCUUGACCACAAUGUGACGACAAUUUGUGCUGUGAUGAUUUCCAGCGGAUUGUCCGUGGAUUCGAGCCCUUUUCUUAUGGCGAUCCGAUUAGUACUUGGGGGCCCGUGCCGCGUUUGAAUGUGAUGAUGAUGGGUUGGCGCUUCGAGGCCCUGGCCGGCAGUCCCGGCUCGCUAAAUGAUGUAGAAGUAAAUCCCCGACGAAACGAAUCCGGCCAUCCGAGGUUUGCGAGCGACUCGACUCCGCUCGCCUUUUUCUUUCCGAUUGCUGACCUGCUUUUUCACUCUCUCCUGGGGCUUGUAGUAAGUUCGAACAAGGCCAUGGUUUGACGUGUCACGACCGGCUCACGGUCCAGUGUAACGACUUUCAGGGUUCGUUUUGAUUCUUUCUGUGACAUUAAUUGGUUUCCGGGUUCAUGCAACGGAUGGCUCCGUAUGUGACGGGACACGUCUUAAAAUAUUUCCGGCGUGUAAUGAAAUAUGCCAUGAAUGAUAUGUCCCGUGCGAAGUGCAAUACGGGACGUGUGUCCUGUUGCCGAGUCGGUAACUCUCGAGGAGAUUGGAGUUAGGGUCUAUUUGUCUUCCGUGUUACACCAAGAAACGUACGCCCCUGGAGGAUGGAUAUUUUUUUCUGGCAUCGUUCUGAAUGUUAUGUUGUAUUUUUGUUGGAUGAAGGUACGGACCACCCACACGCACCGAAUGGCGUUUGUAUGUGGAUAAUUUGAGCAGUUCUACUAGCUGGCAGGACUUGAAAGAUAUCAUGCGUCGUGGUGGAGAAGUCACGUUUGCCGACAAGCACGGAGCUCGCGAAGGAGUCGUUGAAUUUGCGACCCGGGGUGAAAUGAAGAACGCACUUAGGAAAUGCGAUGGUAUGGAGGUUGCUGGGCGUAAAAUUCGUGUCAAGGAGGACAGAAGAUCCAGAUCCCGGUCCCGAACAAGGUCCAGGUCGCGAUCGGUCACGCGUUCUCGCUCUCGAGAUUCCCGUUCUCGGUCCAGGUCUCGCUCGAGGUCCCCGCCUCCAAAGGAGAAGAGAGUCAAGCGCGAACCCAGUAACGAGAAGAUGGAUGUGAAGGAAGAGCCGCGCAAGUCUGCGUCCAAGUCGAAAUCCAGGUCCAAGUCGAGAUCCAAGACUCGUUCGCCAUCUCGCAGUCGUUCGCGUUCAGCGUCCCGCUCCGUGUCUGGUUCGCGUUCUCGCUCCAGGUCGCGUUCUUGAGCCUCUCAAAACGUUAUUAAAAAAAUAUGAGAAAAGAAACCCACUCACACCCGGGAUGGCAUCGGUUUUUAUGUUGUUUUUUUUUUUUUUUUUUGUUU